AUGAGAUGGUGCCCCACUGGUCAUCAGGGAAAAGGUAAGAGGAGAAAAUCAGAAAUACAUAGGUUUGGAAACGGGUUAAAUUAUUUUGAUACAAAAGAAAGUAUACCUAUCUUUUUACAAGGAAUAAAGAUCUGAUGGUUACUAAGAGUGAGUACAAUGCAAGGUCGAGAAAACUUGAAAAUUUUAGAAGAAGUCAGUUCUUCCUCUUUUGCUGGUUUUUUGUGAACGUAGAUUGCUGAAAGUUGAAUGCACAGUCAGGCAACCAUUAAAUUGGAUUUGUCUGGUCCUGCUUAACCUCCGGUUUUAGGGCUCAUUUUAUGCAGCGAUUGGUUUUUGUGGGAAAACCAUAUGCCUGAGGUAAUGUCUUGACCCCCACUGGCUGCAACUAUAAGAAUGUCAGGGUGGUGUAAAGUACGGUUCUGGUUGGAAUAGUUCUGCUAGAUUCAUUGAAUCUUGGUUACUUAAAGACAUUUCUUCUCAGUUCAGACAUGUGAAAUAAAUUAAAGAAAAGGCUAUUAAGAAAUGCGAACGAUAUAUGUAAAAAUGUUAUUGGAUGUAGUGUCAUUCCCGUUUGCCAGAAUUAUGGCUGAAAGCAUAAUCAGGCAACCACAUUAUAGAGUUUGAACAGAUUAUGCACAAAGGGAGGAUUUCACUUCGUAGUCUCAUUGGAAGAAAAGUUACGAAGUAGGGUUCUACCAAUGCUUACAAGAACUUCAGAUCUACUGCAGAUAAGGGAUUUUGGAAAAAAGCGACCAAGAUAGACUAGGAAUGGGGAGGUGAUCGGGUUUAUGAACUUAGAAAAAACCUUUUCAGGUGAGCAUUCAGGAAGUUAAAUCUUGUUGAUCGCAUGGUUUUUUAGUUAUUGAAUACACAGAUGAAUGAUGAAAUGUGCUCCAUAGGGGUCCUGGAUUCAUUCAGUAGCGGUUCAAUUUCUUCAACGGAAAAGGAAAACAGACAAGCAAAAUUUCAGAGCUGCAGGAAGAUGCUCCAGGUUUGUGUCAGGCCUCUUCAAGAAAGAACCGACAAGUGUAGAAGAAUGCUGUUGGGCACGUUUGAUCAGGUCUGCUGGAGUAAAUGAUCUGGUUGCUUAAAUGUCUCAUGAUUAUAUGUACCUUGUUUGAGUAAGUGAGAGGUUUCUUGUGACUCUAUGCAUUGGAAAGGUUCUAGAUAUUCCCUCUCUUGCAGUCAACCUGUUAGAAGCAGUUCAUAAAAGAAGGAAAAAGAUAGAUAACGCGUUUCGGUUGGGUGGUGACAUUGUUGCAUUGUGACUCAAUAACGGGCUGCAGAGUUUCCUAUGGUUACACUAUCAUUGCUGGGAGUGACAUGGUGAUUUAGGAGGGAAAUCAGGAUUUGGAUAAAGGGAGCUGUGAUUUCUGCAGAACCUUGAAAUUAUGGACAGUCUGCUGUCAAUAGAGUGGAUUAAUGGCCGGAAGAGAGCCAAAUCAAAUUUAUUGAUUCUCGUUUCAUGGACUGUUGAGGUUCUUAAUGAUAAUGAUGAUAUGAUGAACCCGUCAAGAGGGUAUGUUGGGUGUCAAAAAUGGAGACCAUGCUGCAAAAGAUUGAUAAUAUCUCAUAAAUGCAGUGCAAGGAAGCUCGCUAAUGAUAUUGGGCACAAGAAGAGGGUUACAGUUAUUUUGAAUAAUAACUCAGUUGAGUGGAGAACAACACUUGAGCCCACCUAUCCAUUAUUAUCAGUGUCUAGUUCACGUGAUAAUAAUGUUGAAUGGAUUUUAUAAUGAAACUGAUAUUUCAAUAUGAUAUUAUAGGUGCUAGAAAAUGAUAUUUUAAAAGUCACAGUUGGGAGGAACUCGAUUGCAACUGAUUUCUCUGGGGCAGAUGUGGAUUUAGUAAUUGGGUCAUUGAAAUGAAGUUGUUUGGGGCGUGGAAAAAGGUAAUAAACUUAUAGUUCUUAACUCCUUGAACAGAAACUGCUUUUAGAUGCUUCUCCAGAAAAACUAUUCAGUUCAAAUCGAUAUAUUCUUGGUCAUGAAUAUUAUAGGUGCUUCCUUGACUCUGUAACAAUGGAUCUGAUUCAUAGAUCUAGUGUCUGCAUGAAUCAGAAUUACAGUCUUCAGCUUGGAGAGAAUAGAAUUAUUUCUUGAAUAUGGGGAAAUGUUCUUUCUAGAGAUGAUUGUUGGGUUAGAAUUGACGGCUGGAAAUUUGGGACCAGAGAAAUAAAUGUGUUCUAGAGCUGGCCUUUAGUCCUAUGCACUACUUUCGAUUCUGACUUGUUAUCAGCAGUAAACAGAACUUCACAUACACAAGAAUUCACUGCUUGUUUAAUUAUCUAUUCCUCUUGGUUUUCAAGCUUCCAUGAAAAGUUCGAAAUCCGAAUCUAUAACAUUUCUUUGUCUGCAAGGGGGAACGCCUAUGAACUGAGGUAUUGCACAACCUGGAAUGGAAGAAGUUAUGCGGAAGAAAGAAGUGGAGUAAUAUUAUCAGGUUGAAGUGUUCACUAAGUUCAUCUAGUUUAGUUGUUGGGGAGAGUAGGAAAUGUGGAAGAUAGAUUCUGGAUAAAGAUAAAAGAGUAGCUUGUGUAUGGAGCCAAACAGUACAAGUCUCUGAAAUGCCAUUUACAUUUAUUGAAAAUUUGGAACACAUGCUGAGAUAUCGGUUUGUAUUUGUUUCUAUAGCUUUCAGUGGCAAUUAGAAUGGAGAAAAAAAUAAAGUUCUGAGAGAAUAGACAUUGGUUAAGCACUAUCUUUUACUAAGACCUCUUGUAGUGGCGUUAUCUAGGGACAGAGAGCAAUAUGGGGAUGGCAUUAUAUCCAACUAUGGACGGUGAACUACAUCUUAGAAGUAAUCUUACAGAUGAAGGAUAUGAUCAUUCUUGGUCAAGUACGAGCUUUGCUAAGACCUCUCUUAGUGGGGUUUUACUAGGGACAAGGAACAACUUUCCACUGAGGACGAUGACAGCUAUCCCUUAGUAGUAAUGUUACAGACGGAGAAAUCUGAGAACCCCUUCCAUCACAGUAGGUCUGUAAAAUGUUGUAAACUGACCACAGAGGAAGAGGACUCUGGAAAGCGGAGAUAGGGCCUUAAAAGGGCAUUUAUCAGCUAGUUCCUUCAAGAAUUUCAGUGACAGAGAAUGCAGAGCUCUUUGGAGCAUCUUGAUUUAGGUAAAGAAUCAUCAAAAGUUUCAAUAGAAAUUGCUUACUGAUAAUUACUAAAUUGUGACAACCUGAACUCCAUUCAACGUAAUCUUAAGGACUUCUGUAUCCCUUUUGGCUUCCAAAUGCAGACUAAUGAUCAUUUGUUUGCUGGCUGUGGAACUUUUUCAUUUUUCUCUAGUAUUUAAUCAAUGAAUGUUGAAUUUAACACGCUGAUUAUUUGGCACAAGUUUUCCAAUGAUAAUGCCGCGAAGCACUUGUGGAUUUUUUGUGAAAAGCUUGCCUUUUUUCUCCAUCUAUGUCGUAACCACUACUUUAUAAUUUGGAUGCACUACGGUUAAAAAGUUUGGCGAUCUAUUUCCUUUUUUGUUGAGUCGUCAUAUUCGCCUAUGUUUUUCCAAAAGCUUCUUGCAAUCUUUGUUGCGUAGGAAGAUGUUUUUAUGUGACAGUGAGUUAUAGUUCUGACAACCUUUUAAAACCAUUGUGAUUAUAUGCCCUUGAACAACGGCCAUCUAAUUGAACAAGCUUUGCUCAGGACCUCUGAUGAAUCAAAAUUUAUUUUUAAUGAUCAAUGGAUCCUUUUUGUGCUUCUGUUGGUGGGUGAGAAUCCAUGUAAAAAAUUUGUAUUUGUUGGGGGCAAUAGUAUGCCUUUUUAUAGUUUUCAGAGCAUAAAGCCUGUUCAUUUUUUUACCAAGCUUUCAUUACAUCCGACUCUUCCUGCACUAUGGAUUUAUUUUUUUCGUGUAACUAGAACCUAUUGAUCGUCUUCUUCCAUGCCUUUCUAAGAAGCAUCCUCUUUGUUUGCAGGACGGACGCAGAAUUUUGAUUGGUGACUGUGCACUCUUUCAGGCUGGUAACUCACCCCCUUUCAUUGGAAUAAUCCGUUGGUUUUCACCAGGCAAGCAGGAUCAGUUAAAAUUAGGUGUGAAUCGACUGUAUCGACCUUCUGAGGUAAAGCUUGCUAAAGGGAUAUUGCUGGAAGCUGCACCAAACGAAGUCUUUUACUCAUUUCAGAAGGAUGAAAUAUCCGCAGAAUUACUUCUUCACCCAUGUAAAGUUGCAUUUCUUUGCAAGGGUGUUGAGCUACCUCAGUGGAUUUCCUCAUUUGUUUGCCGACGAGUGUAUGACAGCACGAACAAAUGUUUAUGGUGGCUAACUGAUCAGGAUUAUAUUGAUGUAAGUUGUAUGCUACGCCGUUUCUCUGAUAGCUCUGGUAUUUGCUCUUUAACCAUUAAUACUUCUAAUAUUUGUUUACAGGAUCAGCAGGAAGAGAUAGCUAAAUUAUUAGGCAAAACCCAAGUAGAGAUGCAUGCAGCAGUGCAGCCAGGAGGGCGAUCUCCUAAACAACUGAAUGGCCCAGCUCAGCAACCCAAACCAGGGACUGAUAGUGUACAGAAUAAUAAUGCGUCCCUCCCUUCGCAGGUUAAAGGGAAGAAGAGGGCAGAGAAAGGUGACCAAGCUUCAGAUUCUAUUAAGCGAGAGCGCCUGUUGAAAGCUGAUGACGGAGACUCUAAUAGUUUUAAAGUAGAAAGCACAUUAAAGGCUGAGAUUGAAAAAAUAACGGACAAAGGUGCUCUUAUAAAUGUUGAUGCUGUCGAGAAGUUGGUGCAGCUUAUGCAAGUUGAUAAAGGCGAAAGGAAAAUUGAUUUAGCUGGACGGGUACUGCUGGCGGAUGUGAUUGCUGCUACCGAUAAAAGUGAUUGCCUUGGCAGGUUUGUGCAGCUGAGGGGUGUUCCUCUGCUUGAUGAUUGGCUCCAGGAGGCGCAUAAAAGGAAGAAUGGUGAUGGUACUACUCCAAAGGAAUGUGAAAAAUCAGUUGAUGAACUUCUCCUAGCUCUGCUUCAUGCACUUGAUAAGUUGCCAGUCAACCUUGAAGCUCUUCAGACUUCUCAAGUUGGGAAGUCGGUGAAUCAUCUACGUAGUCACAAAAACUCCGAAAUUCAAAAGAAGGCAAGGAGCUUGGUUGAUACUUGGAAGAAGCGUGUUGAUGUAGAAAUGACAAAGCUUGAGAUGACGAAGCUUAAUGAUGCAAAGUCAACUGGUACAAACCAAGCUGCCUCGUGGCCUGGAAAACCGGGUUUCUCUGAGGUUUCUUAUGGAGGAAAUAAACGUUCUGGGUCCAGUGAAGCUUCUUUGAAAAGUCCUGUGGCUCAAUCUUCUACAUGCAAGUCUUUACCUGUGAAGGCUAGCCAUGGAGAUUCUGUCAUGAAGUUAAAUUCAGGGCAGUCCGCAUCUGUGAAAUUGCCAUCAACAUUGGCCACAUCUUUGAGUAUUGGCACAAAAGAUUCACAAUCUAAAGCAGGAGGCAGUAGUUGGACUGCUGAAUUGCCAUUGACAGCAAUAGAAGAGAAGAGUAGCGGCUCUAGUCAGUCCCAGAACAAUAGCCAAUCUUGUUCCAGUGACCAUGGAAAACAAGGUUCUGCUUGGAAAGAGGAUGCAAAGAGCUCGACUUCUGGCUCAACUCAUGCAAACAAGGUCUCUGUUGGCACCUCUCGUCAGCGAAAAGCAUCCAAUGGUCUAGUGGGUACUGGUUCUUCUGGAGCUCAGAAAGACAGCAGCUUGAGCAAGCCUAGUCCUUUGAGUCGGAAUCUGCAAUUGGAGAAGGUGCCACAGCAUGGGCUGCCAGGUGAAAGAACGGGUGAUGCGCCCUCUGCAGAUCAUGGAAAUAAUCAAAGAUUGAUCGUGAGACUCCCAAAUCCUGGACGGAGUCCAGCACGGAGUACUAGUGGAGGUUGUUUUGAGGACUCUUCUCAGACAAGCACAUGGUCAUCAUCUCCUGUGGCUGCUGAAAAAGUUGGUCACAUCAACCAGAGGACGAAAUUAAAAAAUGAUGAUUGUCGGGCUAGUGUUACCACUGAUGUUAAUGCAGAGUCAUGGCAUAGCAAUGAUCUGAAGGGUGCUGAUGGGGUUGACGGUGCUGACAAGUCAACUACUGCUGUUCGUGAUGAGAAGCACAUGAGCACCGAUAAAAGUGGGAAAGCAGCUGAUGCGUUCAAACCCACCAGUUUAUCAGAAUCGAAGCCCGUAAAAACAUUUGAUACUUUGAGCCCCAUUAAUGCCCUGAUUGAGAGCUGCGUCAAGUAUUCUGAAGCUAGUGCUUCUUCUGGUGGGGAUGAUUCAGGCAUGAACCUUCUUGCCAGUGUGGCUGCAGGAGAAAUAUCCAAGUCCAACUUACUCUCUCCUAGUGGUUCUCCCCGACGAAACUCACCUGCUUCUGAGGACCACCCCGACCCUUGUACGACAAACAAGGUCAAAUCAACAGUUUCGAGUGGUGGUGCUUUGACCAAUGUUUCUGAAUAUCCUGAGGACUGCACGGAUGAUGAUUCUGAGAAACAUGAACCCAGUGCUGUUCCUGGAGUUUGGGAGCAGCAGAACUCGUCAGAAAUUGUUCCCAAUUCUUGUGAUGACAGUCAGAGUAUUCAGUCUCCACAAGAAUCCAGAGCUACAAUUGAUAACAGGGCUCAACAUCUCGGUUCUGUGGAUAUUCCAUGUAAAAAUGCAGAAUCUAUAUCAAAAGCAGAGAGUAAAGUCAAUGCUGCUGAGGCUGAGGGGCGUGUACCUUUGACGACUUUAUCAGAAGACGUCAAGGGGGUUUUCCCAGAAGAUGAUUCACCCAAACAGCUCAGGAGAAAGCGGAAAGCUAGUUCUCCUGUUACUGAUGCCGUGCAAGACUCUAAACAUAAGGCUGGAAGCCCAACAUCCGAUGAAAGUAAGCAUGCUGAUUGUGUUCGUGAAAUCACCAUCAGUAGUAGUAUCCAAGCAGGUGAUGGGAGUGAUUUAAAUUGUUCUGCUCGUAUCAGCAAUUGUGAUGAGUCGGUUGAAAUAGCUUCAUCUAGUCCUCCGGGUAAACAAGAUGUUGCAGACGGAGUGUUGCAUGAUGCUGCUACACCUACUGGGCAACAACUACCUUCUGAUGUGGCAGUAAGUUCCAAUAGUUUUAGCAGAAAUUCUAUCAAUGCCACGCUGGUUUCUUCCACCAAUGCUGGUUUAGAAGCUGAAGAUGAAGGCAAGAAAGAAAAAUCUGAUAGCUUAGUGUUGAAGAGUCGGAUGGAUCAAACUGAUACUGAGAAGAAAGUCCUUGGUAGUCUCGCUGCACCCACCGCUGAUGAUAGAACAUGCUCAUUGACACCCUCCACAGACGAUGGCAGUGAUGAUAAUUAUAAGGAGGUAAGCCACCCUUGUUCUACAUCAGCCAAUCAUGAAGAGCCAUCCAUUGCAUCAGCACAUACGGAAGAGUGCACCAAGUCUUUGAACUCUGGGUAUGAAGUAGAUCUGGUGCGAGAAGAAGUUGCUUGUUCCACGGAGGUUUCAUCAGCAGUCGCCUCCCCUGUACAAGAUACUUCCACUAAGCUUGAUUUUGAUCUGAACGAAGGGUUCUCUGUUGAUGAAGCAAGCACAGCAGAGCCGGUGGCUUCAGCUGCUCUGGAAUCUUCAUCUUCUGUCCAUCUUAUGAGCUUGCAACCUUUUACCAUGUCUCUUAUCUCAAAUACUUCACCUGUUCCUAUCACUGUUGCAGCUCCUGCUAAAGGCCCUUUUGUUCCUCCUGAGACUCUCCUAAAGAGUAAAGGGGAGCCUGGAUGGAGAGGAUCCGCUGCCACUAGUGCAUUCCGCCCUGCAGAACCACGGAAGAUUUGGGAGUAUUUGUCUGGUACGUCCAACUCUCCAUCAUCGGAUGCCGUUGUUGCUGGUAGACAACCGCGUCCUCCUCUGGACAUUGAUCUGAAUGUGGCUGACGAGAGGGUUACGGAAGACUUAGCUCAAGGGGGCUUUUCUCAGGAGGCAGUCUCAGAGUCGAGGGUCAUGUGUAACCGUGAUGCCCAGGUGAGGAAAAGCUCUGGAGUGCUGGAUCUUGAUCUAAAUAGAGUGGAUGAAAGCACAGAAAACGGGCAGUCAGCUAGCACAAGCCAGAGAUUAGAUGUGCCUCUUCCACGGAUGAGAUCAUCUCCUGGAGCGUUCCCUAAUAGCGGGGCUAACAUGCUGAGAGAUUUUGAUUUGAACGAUGGGCCUGGUGUCGAUGAAGCAGGUGCAGACCAAGUUCCUCGAGGCCAGCUCUCCAUGGGCAAUAGCAUACCGUUCCUACCAACCCUUAGAUUGAAUAACAAUGAGCUAGGUAACUUAUCCACGUGGUUUCCGCCUGGCAACUCGUAUCCAGCUGUUGCAAUGCCAUCCUUUAUGCCCGAGAGAGUGGACCAGCAGCCUUACUCAAUUGUUGCAGCUCCUGGCGGUCAGAGGAUAUUGAGUUCAGCAGCCGGCGGUGGCCCUUUUGGGGGUGAUCCUCAACUCUAUCGAGGGCCAGUGCUGUCAUCUUCUCCUGCCAUGACCUUCUCACCUGCUGCAGCUUUCUCUUAUGCAGGUUUCCCUUUCGGCUCAAGCUUCCCUUUGGCCUCAACUUCCUACUCUAUGGGGUCGACCCCCUAUGUGGACUCUGUAUCAGGAGGGGUGGCCCCUCCAGGCUUUGCCGCUGUCCCUUCCCCGGUCAUGGGGCCGGGUGGUGUGACCUCUUCUUCAUAUGUGAGGCCCUACGUUAUAAGCCUCCAUGAGGGCAGCAGCGGAGGUUCUGAGAGCAGUCGAAAGUGGGGUCAGCAGAAUCUGGAUCUCAAUUCAGGGCCAGGUAGCGUAGAGAUUGAAGGGAGAGUUGAGAGGCUUCCAUUGCCUUCAAGGCAACUCUCGGUUCCCGGUUCACAGGCUUUUGUUGAGGAGCAGUCAAGGUUGUACCAGACGGCGGGCAGGGCUUUGAAAAGGAAGGAGCCUGAGGGUGGCUGGGAUGGCGAGAGAUUCACAUGCAAAUGA